AACCUUAAACCUAUAGCUUCACCAAAAAAAAAAAAAAAAAAGACAUUUCAAAGCAAAGCAAAAUAGAGAGAGUGUAGUAUUAUCCAUUUUGGAGAAGAAAGAAAAGAAUGCAGCAGCCCUAUGUGUACGCUUACCCUCAAGGCGGUGGCUCUUCGGUUCCUUUGCCUCCACAAGCCGGAGUGAUAGUAGAUCCAAGGUACUGCUCUCCGCAAAUUAUAGAUCUGGCGAUCGUACGGAAGCUGAUGAAGAUAACGGACGGUAACUUCGUGAUAACGAAUGUGCACGGAAAUCUGUUGUUCGAGGUGAAGGACCCGUUGUUUGCUCUUCACGACAAGAGGAUCUUGCUGGAUGCUUCUGGAGCUAAGGUCAUGACUUUAAAAGGGAAGAUGGUGAGCAUGCAUGACAGGUGGCAAGUGUUUAGAGGAGGGAGUACCGAGCCGGGUGAUCUGCUAUACACGGUGAAAAGAUCGCAUAUGCUUCAGCUUAAGGCCAAACUUGAUGUGUUUUUAGCUCACAACACAGAGGAGAAGAGAUGUGAUUUCAGAGUCAAAGGGACUUGGCACGAGCGUUCUUGUGUUGUCUAUGCCGGCGAAUCUGACACCAUUGUUGCCCAAGUAAACAAACUCUCUUUCCUUCCUUCCAUCAAAUUCCCAUGCAUCUCACUUUGUUCUUCCUAGAAAGACGGUAUUUUACAUGGACAGAUGCACGAGAAGCACACGGUGCAAAGCGUUUUCUUGGGAAAGGACAAUUUCUCCGUCACUGUUUAUCCAAACGUUGAUUAUGCCUUCAUUGCCUCUCUCAUUGUCAUUCUUGUAGAAGUUAAAUAAAAUUCUUGUGAAUAAAUACGUUUGGAAAGCUAUUCUUGUAAGACAACCAAUUCUAUAUUUCUAUACGUUUCCGACAAGUAAGUUAACGUUUGUAAAGCUAUUUUUGUAAGACAACCAAAACUUGUCGACCAAGUAAGUCAUGACUCGGUCUGGCCCAGCAGACAAUACGUA